UGCUGAGGCCAACACCCCAUCCCCUCGCCCUUCCCUGCUCGACAGCCCCAUCCCUGGUCUUCCAAGGCUGCGCCCUCACCUCCUUCCCAUGGUGAGCUCGCCCAUGGCGGCUUUCCCCGCUCGGCGUACUCCCCUCUGCAGGAGCUCGCCCUCAAACUCCCUGACUGCUCGAGCUCGCCCAGGCCGCGACCUCACCGAAUCGCGCAGCCCCUGCUCUCCUUCCCCAGUCGCGCUUAGCCUAGCCUCCCUCCUGGCUCCCUGCUCUUUUCCAUCGCCGAGGAUUUGGCCAGCGCUAUCCCUACUCGCCUCUACCCUGGUGCUCCCCUAUGUGUUGUGCGAUGGGGAAUUUUUAGUUGCGGCAAUCGCUAUCUGAACCUCCAAUGUCCAUGUUCUUUUGGUGUGCAAUUUCAGGCUUCAAUGCAGCAGUUGCUGGGUGCUUCUUUGCCAUUGAAACUGUAUUAAGACCUCUUAAACCAGAAAAUUCACCUCCAUUUACGACUGCAAUGAUAAUAUUGGCAUCUAUUAUAUCAUCUACUGUUUCAAAUGUUUUACUUGGAGCCAGACCAGCUUUUAUAGUGCCAGCCUAUGAGCUAAAAUCUGCUGCCGGUUGGAAUGGCUGCUACACUAGCUUCAGUCUGUUCAGUCCCAUUGACUUCAGUACUGCUUCUCUUUGAGCUGACAAAGGAUUACAGGAUUUUGCUUCCUCUCAUGUGAACAAGGGAGAAUAUUAUGAACUGAAGGUCAUGUAUCAGCGAAAAGCAGGCUUUCCUCUUGUAGCAAUUGUGCACUGAAAAACUACAGUGCCCUUAUGACACCACAACAGUAAGCAAGACUACAGGACAUCUAUGCGAAAUGCAGCUAGCCAGCUACACUGAUGUAGAGAUCAUUCAUGCAAUUUAACCUCUAUACUGUAUCAUUUUAAUUUAACCAGCUAUUUCACUACUGCCUUUUAUAGUGUUUAGGUUAUAACCAAUGACCUCUGUUAAAGUUUAUAAUUUAAACUCAUUGAUUGAAAAACAUUUAGUUGUGAUGUCACUAAAAGGUGAAAUAAAUUUCUUAUAGUGUGCAUUAUUA